CAACUUCUCACCCUUCAUCUUCUCGAGGUUAACUUACUAUCGGACAAACAUUCGCAACCAUUAACGAUAUACACACAUCAUGGAGAAGACUAACGGUACAGGCAACGACGCCGCCAUACUGCAGGAGAUCCUAGCCAGUCUCAAGACUAUUCAGCAAGAAAACACACAUCUUGCUGCUGCUGUGGAUGCCAUCAACGGUCGAGUCAACAUUCUUGCUGGUGUCAAGCAAGUCAAGGACCUGACGGUCGAUCCUGCUGCCGUGGAACGCAACAAGCAGCACCAAGUCGCCCCCGUCAUCUCGACCAUCACUCAAGAUGCUGCUUCGAGCCCCGAUCUUCCAGCUGUGCCUGAGUCCGGACGUAGAUCGAGCGUGACCUCUAAGAUCAUUCUCACAUCGUACCCGGGUCAGGCUGGUGUGGAUCCCCUGCCUAUGAAUUGGGGCAACAAGGACCCUUCUCUUCGAGGUCCAGUUGUCGUCUCAAGGAACCCAAGUUCCAUUCGCAGACGUAAUGCUAUCGGUGCUCAUGGUGGCUCUUAUGCUAUAUAUAAUGCUCUUGCUGUGGCAAGCAAGAAUCUCAAUACCGAUCACCGCCCGGACUUCACAAACACCGAGCCAGCUGCCAACAUCGGACCCUUCCCUCAGUGGGCGGACCCUAAGAAGAUUGUUGCAAUGGAUCCUCUGGGCCAUCUCGCUCCUUGGCUAUUCAAAGAUAUCAUCCAAAACGAGGAUGUUGACAUCAGACCUACUAUUGCUAUCACAAAGGCACACAUGAAGCUCCCGGAACUCGAGGAGAGUGUCAGAAACGGUAGGCUAGUACCAGAUGGCAAGAUCUGUCUGAAUGAGACUGGUGAGCUCGCGGUCACCAAGUUUGCUGUGGAGCCGGUUUGGUACCUGCCUGGUGUAGCCGAGCGUUUUGGUAUUGACGAAGGAACUCUCAGACGUUCCCUCUUCGAGCACACUGGUGGCUCAUACCCAGAGCUAAUCACUAGAGGAGAUAUCAAGACUUUCUUGCCUCCCAUUGGAGGUCUGACUGUAUACUGCUUUGGUGAUCCCGCAAAAAUGUCCGACCCAAACGUCAAGCUUGCACUACGAAUUCAUGAUGAGUGCAACGGCAGCGACGUGUUCGGUUCAGACAUCUGUACUUGCAGACCUUAUCUCACCUUCGGUAUCGAGGAAGCAGUUAAAGAAGCUCAGAACGGCGGAUCGGGCGUUGUCAUAUAUUUCCGCAAGGAGGGCAGGGCUCUCGGAGAGGUUACCAAAUAUCUGGUAUACAACGCAAGAAAACGUGGUGCCGAUCGUGCAAGCGAGUACUUCAAACGUACAGAGAACAUUGCCGGUGUCAAGGACAUGCGUUUCCAGGCUUUGAUGCCUGAUAUUCUGCACUGGCUCGGUAUUACCAAGAUCGACCGAAUGUUGAGCAUGUCGAACAUGAAACACGAUGCCAUUGUCGAACAGGGCAUUCCGAUUCACGAGCGGAUCGAACUGCCUGACGAAUUGAUUCCGGCCGAUAGUAGAGUUGAAAUCGACGCAAAGGUCCAUGCUGGCUAUUUUACAAACGGCAAGAUCAUGACGAUGGACGAGCUGUCGAACGUUCAAGGUCGCGCCUGGGAAGAUGUUGAUGUAAGUGUGGAAAGAACGAUUACGACAUACUGUAAUUCUGACCUCCUCUCUAGCACUGAUCCGCGUACGUAGAUGUCGUGAUUCUUUUUUCUUGUUGGUUUAUGCUCUGAAUCGACCUAGAAAUGCAUGCAUGACGGAGC